AUGGCCUUUACGCAUGCAACUUUUCUACAUCUUCUCAUUUACAACAUUCUUUCUUUUGCAGACAUACAUUUACAUCCUCUUUUACAGAUUUAUUUAUCAUCGUCCAAUGCUGUACGAAUACGUAUUUUACCGCGAGCUGUAGCUUAUCUGAAUAAUAUCGGAGCUGAAAUAUUAAAUGAGCAAUUACCACGUUUAUCCAUAUCAAAUAUCAAACAACGCAUCAACAAUGGCCAAGGAUAUAUUUUACUAUCACGAAUACGUGUAUCACGGUAUAAACGACCAACUGAGCACAUCAUUUCUACAUCAGCUCCAAAUAAAAUCAUUUGGAUUAUGAAAAAUUUAAACAUAGGAUUAAUAGGAAGUUUAUCAGGCGAAGUAAAUAUACUAGUACCGAUGAAACUUGAGGGUGAAGCAGAAGUAUUAGCAUACGGUGUUAAUUUUCAAUUAGAAAGUGCCCUAGAGAGAUCAGAAAUAGGAAGAGCUCGAGUGUCAAUAAUUUUUUGUCGUACAACUAUUCAGUUAAUGAAUAUUGAAAUUCAUAAUGGUGGUAUGACUGGAAUAGCACUGAAUUUAUUCAAGCAAGGUAUAUCGGAGCAAAUUCGUUCAUUGAUUGAAACGCUAAUUUGCAAAAAAGUAACAGAAUUUAUCAAUGACGAUUUCAAUGAGAAAUUAUUACAAACUCAAACACAAACAUCGCUAGCAGAUGUAAUACGAAUAAAUGCGUUUGCUGCAAUUGGAUUACCUAAUACUAAAGAAUUAAUGGAAACUUUUCGAUCAUAUAAUGUUACUAUUAGUUAUUCUCAUCUCGAACAACUAGUUUCCAGAAUUCUUAUUGACUUCAGGCUAAAUGAAGAUCCAUUGUGUUACAAAAAUACGGUGGAAAUAUCUAACAUGGGUGAAAUUUCACUAAUCAUAGGACAGAACAUAAAAAAAACUCCAUUCAGUGCUGCACCAAUGUUUUGGCCAAAAAAACCUUUGCAAAAUGCAAUGAUACAUUUACUUAUAUCCGAUUAUAUUGCCAACGCAUUACUUUAUCACGCUUUCUCGGAACGUUUGUUGCAGUUUGUUGUGGAUGAUCAGACAAUUUCGUCUUUAGGUCCAUUGCUUCGUACCUCCUGUACAACUGGAAUUUGUUUUGCUGACCUGAUACCUCAAAUAGCUGAACAGUAUCCAGAUAGAAAAGUUCGACUCACUUUUACGCCCACCCGUGCACCUGUGGUACUAUUCCAAGCGAAACAAGGCGGUGUACUAAUGGCUAAUAUAAAUGGUUUGGUAUUUAUGUAUAUUGUAGAAUCCAAUAAAAUAAGCCAUCAAGCGGCAGCAUUUGCUUUAGACAUUGUUGCGAACAUAAAGUUACAUGUUGAGAACAAUACAUUACUUGGAAAAACAUCGGUGGAUAGCUUUCAGUUAAAGAACAAAUAUGGAUACAUUAAUAUAAGUGAUGAUGAAUUAUCUGAUGUUGCAUUGCUAAGUUCCGAAAUGCUUCAGCGUUUCAUCAAUGACUUUCUCCGUGGCGGAUUUCCAAUACCAGUACCAAAAGUUUUACGGAUCAACAUCACUCAACUGCAAAUCCUUGAUCGGAGUGUUUUCAUAUCUGCAGACUUUGAUUUGGAUCGGAAACGUGUAAGCAACCUUGCCUUACAGGCAUUUACAGAUAUCAAAUAUUUUCCACCUAGCGAACACAUACAAAGUAACUGA